GAAGGGGAAGAAACAGUGAAGGAGAUUCAGUUUGGGGUGAAACAUGCUGAGAUGUCGAAGAAGCACAACACUGGAAAUUACGAGCAGGUCGUCUACAUGAACAUCACCUCGAAGGAGGGUAACUGUUACUGCGUUGAAUUGAGUGCAUCUGGUUACAGGAUUGUGGGCCGACAGUAUGACAACAUCUCAGGCGAAGACUCCACAAAGUAUUACGAGACAAUUUAUGCUUUUUUAGAUGAUGUCAGUCCUCUCUAUCGGGUCUGUUUUAGCGAUGCGCUGGCCGAGAAAUUGAAAAAACUUGAG